UGUUCUCUUAAAGAGGGCAGCGAAAGCUCUGCGUAGAGUCCCAGCAGAUCCAUAAAUCCCGUUUUACACACCUCAGCUCAGACUUUGUGGACGGUCCCUAACUGGCCCCAUGAGAUCUGAGACGUUCACGGAGCCGCUCUGACUGACUGUUGUUGAAAUCUACUGGGGAGGGAAAAGUUGGUGAAGAUGCACUGAAACCGACAAAACUGCCAAGAACCCAUACUUCAGUUAUCUGCAGCGGUACACCGUUGUACUGUUUUACAAGUAUGAGGAGCAUCAGACCAACGAAACGGUCCAAACAGUUCUUUAGAGAUGGCUGACAUUGCAGCAAAGAAGGAUUUUCGGCGCCCACUUUAAAGCCAAAGAGAGUAGUAGGCUAGCAAUAUCUGUUCUGUUUCCAUUCAUUGGUGUUCAUCAUACCAUGAGCGCACUCCAGCAGCUGGGAACAAUGUCUUUUUUGAUAAAAAAGAAGAAGUUCAAGUUUCAAGUGCACUUUACAUUGGAGGAGCUUACAGCAGUGCCUUUUGUUAAUGGAGUGCUUUUCUGCAAGAUCCGGCUGAUUGACGGUGGGGACUUUGCCGUUUCGUCAUCCAGGGAGGAGGUGCAGCAGAACUGUGUUCGAUGGAGGAAGAAGUUCUCUUUUGUGUGUAAAAUGAUUGCUAAUCCAAUCACUGGAGUGUUGGACCCCUGCAUCUGCCGGGUCUCUGUACGUAAGGAGCUCAAAGGAGGAAAAGCGUUCUCAAAGUUAGGCUUUGCUGAUCUCAACAUUGCAGAGUUUGCUGGUUCGGGCUCCGCAGUUCGCUGCUGCAUCCUAGAGGGUUAUGACACCAAAAACACUCGACAGGACAACUCUAUUCUCAAGAUUACAAUUGGGAUGACUCUUCUGUCUGGGGAUCCCUGCUUUAAAACGCCUCCCAGUACGGCCAAAUCUCUCUCCAUUGGGGACGAGGACCCCACCCUGCAGCUGGACUGUAAGGGUGAGAGCACUGAUUCCACAGUGCAGCCACUAGGAGGCAUCAUGGAGGGUCCUCGCGCCUUCAAACCCAGACAGUCGUCAGUACGUAGCUCAGGGCUUCCUGAGGAGGGAGAGAGUGUGUCCAGCCCAGAUGAGGUCUUUCACACUGGACAUUUCCGCAGCUCCAGCUAUGCCAGCCAGCACAGCAAGAUUUCAGGCUACAGCACAGCUCACUCUCGCUGCUCCAGCCUGAAUGACCUCAGUCACCAUAGGAACGCCUCCUCCAGCAGCAAUGUCUCCUGUGGGCUUGCCCAACCCUGCCAGCUAACUGCAUCCAGCCCCACAGAGCCACACCGACAAGCAUCUCCAACCAAACCAGAGAGACCUCCUCUACCCUCUGCAGCAGCCCUCAUGUCCAACAGAUCCUCCAGGAGAAAGAAGGACACUGUGGAGAGGCAGCCCAGCUGUGUGGACGACACUCGCAUUGAUGCAGAUGACAUUGUGGAGAAGAUUCUACAGAGUCAGAACUUUUCUGACAGCAGCAACAAGGAAGACAGCAACUUGAGACUGUUUGUGAGCAAAGAUGGGACCACUGCCCUCAGCGGGACACAGCUCGCCAACAGAGGGACACCUGGUAUUUUUGAGCCGGUGGUCAUCGAGACUCACUGAAAGAUACUGUACUUUAACAUGUCUCCAGCCUCAUCAACUGGUUAAUGGUUCUAUGACAUCAGAUUGUCUUUGACUGUAUGUGCAAGUAUGUGCAUACUUUAUCUUCAGUGCACACAGCUUGAAAUAAGACUACUAUGAUAUAUAUAUAUAAUAUAUAUAUAUAUAUAUAUAUGGAACUUUUUUAGUAUAUAUUUAAUUGGGUGGUGGGAGAUGAUUACUGUAUUUUCUCAAAUAGUGGACGGGCCUUUUUUUCUAUUUUACUUUAAAUGAAAAAAGAAUCAGGUCUUUAUUUCUGCGUUAUGUUAUGUUAGGUACAUUUGAAAAAUAUUCCCAUCUGCUCCCGGUUGCUGUAUUAAUACAGGUUUAACAUGUCCUCUACAUAUCUGUUUUACAUUAAAACAAUGCCAUCAGUCCAAGGGGGAAUAGUUCCUCCUCUUUUAUUGUGGAACAUAUGCAGGAAGUGAAUCAACCCGAAUUAAUUCAACAGUCAGUGAGAAUUUCAGAGCCUGGCAGUCUGGAGCAACGCAUUUUUUAUCCUCGUGCACAGGAAUUAGUAAUCUCUAAAAUUACCUAAUUUAUGAGCACAGAUAAGCAAUUUGUACUCAAGUUAGAAUUAAUAUCAAGUUACUUUAACAGCUGGAAAUAUGAAAUGCCUAAAAAUACUGAAUGCAUUUCUUCAUAUUCUUCAUAUUGGGAGGACAUUACAUUAAUUUCAGUUGUCCUUGUUCCCUCACCACUCUUACUUGAACAAUAGCCUAAAAACCACUGCAUUGUGGGAAUUGUAGUGCAACACUGAAAUAUUUGUCCGUUCAGAAGGGCCUCGUCAACUCGUAAAACUAAACAUUUCUAAAUCCCCCCAAAAAAACAGGAAGUAGCACCUGAGCAGUUUGCUAAAUAGCCUAUGAUACCCAGUGUUUCACUUCAACACAUGACGGACAACUGGAAACCUUGUAGAAACAGUGUGUCAGGUUGAUAUCCAUAUAACUUGGAUUUCUCUAUCAUGACGUAUAAAUACAUGUAACAGCCUGGUCAGUGUGUCUUUAGUCUGGAUCCACGACCAGGGGGGGGUGUUCCGGCGAUGUGUGUUGCUGUUGCUGUCUAACUCCGUUCUCUUUGAGGAAAAAACAAACUUCGAGCUAGCAAACUUAACGCUGAAAAUGGCAAGGAUGGAAGAAAAUUUGGAUUGUGCAACCGGG